AUGUCACGUAGCCGAGAAGUGUUCAGAAGUAACAGCAAUACUGGCAUCACCGCCGCUGUAAGCCUCGGUGGCUUUCUCGACGGUCUAUGCUGGCUACUUGAAGAACCCGCCCAUCGGCGGACAGGCUUUCCAAGCUGGUCAUGGACAGGAUGGCAGGGCGUAGUCGCUCGCAUGAACAAAGAUAGCACUGCUCUUAAGCAAACUAACGGAUUUACGAUUGACGUGUCCAUAAUUCCUGGUCAUCAGAACGGAGGAAUUGCAGUGCCGUGGAGCCGCUAUUAUGACCUAUUGCGGACGGCGGACGACAGCAACCCAAGCAUCCGAUCAGGCCAGAAUCAUGUGCUUGAGAUCAAAGCCAGUGCCACGGCUCUCGGGUUUCACAUGGGAGACUGCGACGGUCGACCCAAUACAUGGAUCGGCACGGUGUACGCUGGCCAUCGGAUAUGGCACGGCGAGUUCUCUCUCACCAGUAAGGACGUGCCUCUAUCAUUGCUGCUAAAGGAGCCGUAG